UUAAAUAAAAAAGCUUGUUUUUUUUUUUAGACCAGACACUUCUAACUUAUAAAUUUGUAAAUGUACAGUUUAUUUUUACGGAAUAGUUAACCCCAAGGCCCAAGACUGUGACCCAUGUUUCGUCUUGUCUUGGCGAGUAUUUACCAUCAGAGUCACGUAAGCCACUUGACAGGAAAGUCAAUAUUCUCAACGUUUCACUGUUCAGGUUACCACUUCACCGGCGUCUUUAAAAAAAAUAUGGAUAACUUUAAAUCAUUUCCCCAUUUCGCAACUGAUGUCAUACACGAAGGGCAAGAACCAGAACAAUGGAAAUCUAUGGCAGUCAUUCCCCCCAUCACCACAUCGACAACUUUUAAGCAAUUCGCACCAGCUGAGCACGCAGUAAGUUGUGUUUUUUUUUGUUGCAUUUGCAUUAGACUCAAGCUAUUCGGAUGGCAUUUGUGAUAGUUUAUUUUAGUUAAACUGAAGAAUUAAGUUUACAAACAUACAAUAGAAUAGUUCAUUCAAUUAUCUUUCAUUUUUUUUUAUACCUCAUUUUGUCUUACAAACCCAACCCAAGCAUAAAAUUAUUAAAAGUUUUUUAAUCCCAACCUCUCACUUCUGGUACAGGGGUACGAAUAGCCCAAAAAGCAUAAAUUGAUCAUGGGCCCUUAAUAUGUAGAAGAAGAAGAAGAAAGAUGAUCAAGAUAAACAAAAACCAAUAUGGCAGCAAUAUGUUAACAUGAGACAUGUGCUUGAAAUUUCUAUAUGUACAUGAUGUACGUUUAUAAAUGAGAUGUACAUGCUCAUGUUUUCGGAGUUGUUUUUAAUACAACAGCGUUACUGUGAUUUGUUUGAUUAAGCCAAGCCAUCGGCAUGCUAUAAAAAUUUACAUACAUUUUUGCUAACAGCACAAGGCAUAUGUGGGGUUCCACUUUUCCGGAUUCGCGAGUUUUUAUUUUCUCUCGCUCCAGUUUCACCAAUUCAGUUUAUUCAAAUACGGAUUCUGGGUUUUAAAAAAAUAAAUCAGCCUGUAAGAAUGCGUGAAAGCCUAUUAAGCGAUAAGCGGCUUCGCUAUAAAUAGAACAGGUACUGCGACCUCUCUCUCUUUUGUUUGAAAGCCUCUCGCUUCUUGCUGUGUCAAGUUAAUUGCGCAGACAACGAUAUUGUCAUAUCAUUUGAAUUACUACAGUUUUCUUUUUUUAGGCACGUAUUUGUUGUGUAUAAUUUUCAAAAGCCGGGGAUUGGUCAUGGGCAUCGAAUAACCGAGUUUGGUUUUUUUAAAUUCAACAUAUAAGAACGCGCGAAAGCCUAUUCAGUGAGAGCGGGUUUGCAAUAAAUAGAACAGAUACUGCAACCUCUGGCUUUCAUUUGUAAUCAUUGCACAAGAAAUUAUUUCUGUGUGAAUUUUAUGAGUUUCGUUAAGUUUCAGGGUUUGAAAUAUUUGUAAAGGAAGUUUCAGGUUUCAAGAAAAUUUUAGAAAGGGAUUUCAGGGUUCACAGCUUUCAUUGAGUGGCACCACUGGUGUCAUCCCAUUUCAAAGGAGGUGAACACAUGGACACAUCAGAUGUGUUGCUCAAAUGUCAUGCACUGGUAAACCAGUGAGAGUAAGGAAUGAAAGCAAAGUCAUUUCUGAACUGUAUUGCUGUAUGGAUUCUAUUAAAUACACUCUUACUAAUGGUCCUCAAUGUCUCUCCAUUUCUAUUCUCAUGUUUUGUUGUAGUUUAAAAUAUUAAUUUUAUACUAAUAAUUAUUUUACUUUGACAAUAUGCACCACAGAAUUAUGUAAGAGGCACGUUUCAGUUUUGAUACAACAUCUCUUUGUACAAUGCGCCUUUGUUUCUACACGAAGAAUGAGAAAGCUGCAUUAUGAUCUGUGAACUCCUACGUUUUUUCAAUUUCAAAUAAUUUUGUUUUUGCUGUUUUGUAUUGUUUGCUGAAGAAGGAGUUGAGCCGAAAUAUCCCUUUAUUUGUUCGGUCCUUUUAUUCAAGCCUAUUCUAUUUAUUUUUCUAGCCUGGUAGACUUUUGGUAUAAUAGCUUUAUAAUAAUAGCUUUAUAAUAAAGUAAAUAGCAUAUAAAUAAAAUAUACCUUUAAUUUCAAUAAGUCUUGAAAUAAAACUACCCCUUCUUAUUUAAUAUUUGGGCUGGGCUAAAAUUUAGCCUGACAAGUUAGCCUGCUUAAUCAAAUAAGUGUUUCAUGAGUAGUAAAAAGCAAUAACAAAAAUUAUUUAAAAUUUUUUUUUUUUAAAUGUUAAAUGGUCAUACACUUGGCCAUGGAAAGAAUGUAUAAUGUAAUAUUAGGUCUGUUUAGCAUUGCCUCACUAAAAUUAAAAGUUUUAAGUAAUGCAUUAAAUUGAAUUUGGUUAUUACUUAUUGUAGCUAUAGCUAAACAUCUGAAUUGUUUAACUUUCCGAAUUUCAUGCUACAACAUACAUUUUUCUUAAAAUAAAGUAUUCCCGUAUUUUUUUAAUUGUAUGUAAUGAAAAUGUAUGCUUUAUCUUUGGUGGUAACCCAGUGCCUUUGCCUCAGGGAUUUCAGUAUGUCAUUUAUAAGAUAUGUCCAACUGUAGUUUAUUUACAGCCGAUGAUUCAGCAAUAUUUCUAGAUAAAUGACUUGCUAAAAUUGACUGAAUAGUUGCAACCUAUGAGUCACUUACAGGGAUGCUUUGUUAGUAUUUGAAUUUUUUUAUAUUAUUGUAUAAUCUUUAUAUUAUUCAUAAUUUUUAAAAGAAAACUUUAAAGUUUACUCCAUUGUAUUAUUUUUAAUUUUUUUUUAAAAAAGUAAGCAGCCUUUAAAGUUUCAGCAGCCUCGUAUGAUUAUCUAAGUUAGUAGGCCAAUGUUCAAGGUUAAGGCACCCUGGCCCAGUAAUAGUUCAUUUUUGGUUUGUAGAAUAUUACUAAAACUGUUCUUGGUAAAUAAAAUAAUGAAUAUGCAGGGUAUUUAAAAUAUGAUUUUCACAUUUAUCAGAUUAAUUGACAGGUGAAAAUACAGACAUUUCAAGAGGAAUCAAUUUUUUAAAUAAUAUACAUCUAAAAUUUGUAUGCCCAGAAUUGAGAAAAAAUUUCAUCCACCUGUGCCUAUAAUGUAGAUGCAAUAGCUAGAAAGUUGUAGCUAAAAAGUUCUCCCAGACACUGAUAAAUAAAGUAAAAGAUUUUACCAUGUAAUUUCAUCAGUAAAAUGUAAAAACAAUAUUUUUAUUUGGAGGUUAUAAAGGCACCUGUAACUUUUGUUAAAAAUCUGUGUCCCUCUCAUUUUAAAAAUCAAAAACAUUCAAAUAUAUAUUCUUUGAAACUGUGAGGUUUUAUUUCUUGCAUUCUAAUACUCAUAUAGUAGAUUCCAGUUUUUAUAGAGCCCAAAAAACUUUUUCUCUAACAACAUGUUUGUCCUGCAUAAAGAUUAAAUUCCAUUAUUUUUCUUUUCUGUGACUGAAUUCAUUCCAACUCCUUAACAGGGUUUUGAAUAUUCUCGCAGUGGUAAUCCCACACGUAACUGCCUUGAAAAAUGUCUGGCUGCAUCAGAAGGAGCCAAGCAUGGUAUGGAGAAGGAAAUAAAUCUAGAUUAGUGUAUGAGAUAUAUAUUAAUUUCCCAAAAGAUGGAAAUUUAAAUUGAAUUAAAUGAAGUUGAAUAGAUCAAUCAAAUGCUUUUGGGUUUUUGUUUUGUUUUUAGGGUUAAAGAAUAAUAUGCUUAAAAAUAAAUAAUUUUAAAAAGUUAAAUGAAGACAUCAAUGCCUAUGUAAAUAAAUUCAGAAAAACUAAUAAUAAUUUUAAAAAAUAGUCUAUGAAUGUUAAAGUACUCAGUAAAUAAUAACAUCACAUGAAAUGCCCUGAAACUAACAUGGGGAAUGAUAUGUACAGUAAGUAGAUAGCUAACAUUUUAAAUGGGCAAUGAUAUGUACAGUAGAUAGCUAAAAUUUUAAAUGGGCAAUGGUAUGCACUGUAGAUAGCUAACAAAAGAAUAUAGUCCAAUCAAUUAGAAACGUUUUCAUAAAUGUUUUUUUUCCUAUUAAUUACAAAGCCCAAUAGAAAUUUUUUAUUGCAACAAAUUUUAUACAAUAUUCCCACAUAGCUGUUAUUUCAAUAAAUCUCUUAUUCAUCUUUCUCCUGUUAGGUCUAUGUUUCUCAUCUGGACUAGCAGCUACAAUGACUGUGACCCAUCUGCUACAGAGUGGUGAUCAUAUAAUAAGCAUGGAUGAUGUCUAUGGAGGUUAGUAACUUGUUAAAGUUAAAGAGUGUUUUGGGAAAAUAACCUAGAAGAUAUUGUAUGUGACUGACAUCAUGGUGUGUUCCUGACUAAUGCUCUCAUAUUAUGAAUAAUGUAUGGUAACUUUUGUUAACUAUCUAAUGAUAUAUUUUAACUACUUUAUUGAAAAUUGUUGUCAGGAAAUAAAAAAUAUAUUAAAACAGUUCAAAAAAUAUCUAUUAAAAUUCUUAUUUCCCACAGGAACUAACCGCUACUUCAGUAAAUGUGCCAAGAAGAUGGGGCUGGAGAUUUCUUUUGUGGAUUGCACCAUAGUGAAGAAUGUACUGGAAGCCUUAAAGCCUAACACGCGGGUAUGUCAUGUGUUUGUAGCCUUAACAAUGUCAGCAUGUAGAUAUGGGAUUCAUUACAGGUAUUCAAGUGUUUUACUGAGUGGGGACAUAUUUUGGAAAUGGAAACUGUUGCUUCAGUGUGGUUCAGAAAUACACAGACUGUAAACAUGGAAAUGUUGCCAGAGUGAUUGAUGAUACAUAUGAUUUUGAAAGUUAAAAUAUUAUUUAAUACAACGAAAAAAUGGGUGGGGACAAUUGAAACUUUAUCAAUUUAUUUCCUAUGUGUAACUGACUCUACUUUUUGUGAUGGAGAGAUUCAAGCAAUAUCAAGCAACAAUUUUUUAUACAAUAUUGCCUAUAUUUGUAUUGUAAUCAAUAGCCAAAUUUAUCUAACUAUAUAACUAUCAACAUUAUAGAAUUUUUAAUAAUUUUUAUUAACAGAAUUAAUUUGUUUAAUUUAGCAGUGGUUUCCCUUUAUUUGAAACAUGGGCAGCUUUUCUUACUAUUUUAUAAAAUGUCUCUUUUAGAAUAUAAUUUUUUCAAAUUUGGCAAAUUGACCAAAUUGAUUUAGUUUUUUAAAACUUAUCUUAUCAGCAAGAUAAUCCAAUUUAGUUUAUAAUAAUUUGUAGCUUAAGGAUAAAAAGUGUAAAAAUAAGAUGAAGCCCUACUAAAAAUCAUUAGUAGAGUUUUUUUUUAAAAUAUGUCAAUAAAUCCCAAAGAAAAGAGAGGGAAGAAGUUAUUAAAUGAGUGCCUAGAAAGGGCCAAAGCAGGAAAAUUAAGCACAUUUUUGGAAGUUAUGCAAUUGUUUUGUGAUUAGAAAUGUAGAAAUGAAAACAGGAAGAAAUGGAUAAUCUGGUCCAAUGUAUCUGGAUUGUUCCAUGAGGUGCUAUAAUGACCAAGUAAACAGUGGCUUCACAUGGAAUUAUGGCCCAUUAGACUUGGUUCCACUUUGAACAUUGUUAUUCAAAUUUAAAUAAACUUUCUUCCUUUAGGGAAGACAAUCUGAUACCAUUUGCAAUUUACAACAUGUUUGACUGUUGUUUUUUCCGGUAGAUGGUGUGGAUAGAGACUCCAACUAACCCCACCAUGAAACUUGUGGACAUCACUGCUGUAUGCCAGGCUGUCAGGGCAGAGUCGGAGGCGUGGAACAUCAAGCCUUUUGUUGUUGUCGACAACACUUUCAUGUCAGCUUACUUCCAGGUCUAGUUAAAAUGAUAUUGUUGUUGUUAGAACUUAAUGAUAGUGUUGCUGUUAGAACUUAAGUAUGAAGAAAAGAAGUCGCAUAAGAAGACAGAAGAAAAUGUAUAACUUUUAUGUUAUAAGAAUGCGCAGUAGAGCUAGUGACAGACUACAUGCAUUCUGGUGGUCCUGAGUUCAAAUCCUAGAAAAAACUGAAUCAGCAGACUAGUUAUUCCCCAGUCUCCAUCAUAAACAGGUUCAUGUUGUAUGUUAAAUAGGGGGGAAAUGACUUGUCAAGUACUGGAUCAUCAUUGUACCAUAGAAAAAAAUGUUGUGAUUUAUCAAAAAUAUGGAGCAGGAGCUGGAAAAACAUGGAAUGAGAACAAAAGAUUCAAGUACAAAGUCUGCAUGUAUGGUUUACCUUAGGAGGUUACCCCAGAGAUUUCAGAGUAAUUCAUCAAACUCUUUAUUUAAGUUGGUGUUUAAAGAUUUAAAUAACUUUUUUUUUCCCAGCGGCCACUGGCAUUAGGUGCUGAUAUGGUGAUGCAUUCCUUGUCCAAAUAUAUGAAUGGUAAGUAACCCUGUUGGUUCUCAUCAAUACAUUGUUAAAUUGUCCUUUCUUUUUUUACCACUAUAAGCCAGACAUAAAUCCCCUUCCAAUUCCCAAUAACAAGCAUAAACAGUUUUUGGUAAGGAUUCUACACAGAAGUCAGCCAUCCAAUUAGUAAUAUCAUACACAAUGGCCAGGGAAUACUUUGAUUUCUCUAGGUCACAGUGAUGUCAUCAUGGGGGCUAUUCUUCUGAAUAAUGACAAACUGGCAGAACAGCUGCGCUUUUUCCAAAAUGGUGAGUUUUUUAUCUUCACCAUUUAUACGUAAGGUUAAUUUUAAUUUAACCAGGUCGAUGGGAUACAAAUUUAUUGAAGUUAAUUCAAUACUUAUUUAACAAAGUGACCAGUCCCUGCUGGUCUUGAUGCUUGGCUAUCUAAGAUAUAACUUUGCUUCCUGUACUCAGCACUAUUAUUAUUAUUAAACAGUUUCCAUCUUGUUAACUUUUGAGGAAAAAUUAAAGGAGAGUUGAAUAAACUCUGACUAGAAAUACAGUUACAACAAUCAACAAAAGCAGCCGCAGUCAUUGGUGACAUCUCUCUCAUUUAGCUGUUGGAGCUGUGCCUUCACCAUUUGAUUGCUACCUCUGUAACCGUGGCAUGAAAACACUUCCAGUCAGGAUGAAAGAACACAUGAAGAAUGGUCUAGCAGUGGCCAAGUUCUUGGAGAGUCAUCCGGCUGUAGAGAGAGUGGUCCAUCCAGGUAAACUAGUCGAUCAAUGAUCAGUUUAGUUUUGAUGCUGGGUCUUUGUUUGUGAUGGUGCGCAUGUCUUUGUGAGACUAGGUUGAAAGUGAAUUACUUGUGGAGGCAACGUUUCAUUCCCUGCAAAUUCAAAAUUUAAAUCUGACUGUAAAAAAGGUGUCCUGGGUGGGGAAAAUGCUAAUGAAUGAAAAUUGUGUUUAAAAAAAUGUUUAUGUUGAGAGACCAGAAAGGCAGCGUACAUGUGGAUGACAGACAAAACAUUCAGAAAGACAAGACGACUAAUGAUGGGUGUGACAUAAAGCAAAAAUGCUUGAAUAUGUCAGGUUACGGUAACUGGUCAACAUUUUCACGCAACUUCAUAUAGCUUAUAGAGCAGCAAUAGUUGAAGGAAUUGUUAAAUUUUCGAGGUGAAUAAACUUAUAACGUGCAACAAACCAAUUAGUGUUUAGUGUAUUGGUAUCCGUCGCUAUCAGUUGCACUGGCCCGUGGGAUGAAGAAAAAGACAAUACCCAAACAGGUAGUGAUCUGUCAUCAAAGUUAGAUGAGCACACAACAGUAAGAUCUACGUCUGGUCAGAGAGCAGUGUCAGGACUUUCAAUAUAUUUACUUGAUUAAAAACAUGUUUAUUACGACCUCCACUGGCUUUUUCCAUUUAAAGCACGCACCUGAUGUUUAAAGCAUAGACCUGAUGUUUAAAGCUUAGACCUGAUUUUUAAAGCAUUGACCUGAUGUUUAAAGCAUAGACCAGAUGUUUAAAGCAUAGACCUUAUGUUUAAAGCAUAGACCAGAUGUUUAAAGCAUAGACCUGAUGUUUAAAGUACACACCUGAUGUUAAAAACACAGACCUGAUGUUUAAAGUAUAGACCAGAUGUUUAAAGCAUAGACCAGAUGUUUAAAGCAUAGACCUGAUGUUUAAAGCACACACCUGAUGUUUAAAGCAUAGACCAGAUGUUUAAAGCAUAGACCUGAUGUUUAAAACACAGACCUGAUGUUUAAAGCAUAGACCAGAUUUUUAAAGCAUAGACCUGAUGUUUAAAGCAUAGACCAGAUGUUUAAAGCAUAGACCUGAUGUUUAAAGCAUAGACCUGAUUUUAAAGCAUAGACCAGAUUUUUAAAGCAUAGACCUGAUGUUUAAAGCAUAGACCAGAUUUUUAAAGCAUACACCAGAUUUUUAAAGCAUAGACCUGAUGUUUAAAGCAUAGACCUGAUGUUUAAAGCAUAGACCUGAUGUUUAAAGCAUAGACCUGAUGUUUAAAGCAUAGACCUGAUGUUUAAAGCAUAGACCAGAUGUUUAAAGCAUAGACCAGAUUUUUAAAGCAUAGACUUGAUGUUUAAAGCAUAGACCAGAUUUUUAAAGCAUACACCAGAUUUUUAAAGCAUAGACCUGAUGUUUAAAGCAUAGACCUGAUGUUUAAAGCAUAGACCUGAUGUUUAAAGCAUAGACCUGAUGUUUAAAGCAUAGACCUGAUGUUUAAAGCAUAGACCUGAUGUUUAAAGCAUAGACCAGAUUUUUAAAGCAUAGACCUGAUGUUUAAAGCAUAGACCUGAUGUUUAAUGAUAGACCAGAUUUUUAAACCAUAGACCAGAUUUUUAAAGCAUAGACCUGAUUUUUAAAGCAUAGACCAGAUGUUUAAAGCAUAGACCUGAUGUUUAAAGCAUAGACCUGAUGUUUAAAGCAUAGACCUGAUGUUUAAAGCAUAGACCUGAUGUUUAAAGCAUAGACCUGAUGUUUAAAGCAUAGACAUGAUCUUUAAAGCAUAGACCUCAUGUUUAAAGCAUAGACCAGAUUUUUAAAGCAUAGACCUGAUGUUUAAAGCAUAGACCUGAUGUUUAAAGCAUAGACCUGAUGUUUAAAGCAUAGACCAGAUUUUUAAAGCAUAGACCUGAUGUUUAAAGCAAAGACCUGCUGUUUAAAGCAUAGAUCAGAUUUUUAAAGCAUAGACCAGAUUUUUAAAGCAUAGACCAGAUUUUUAAAGCAUAGACAUGAUCUUUAAAGCAUAGACAUGAUCUUUAAAGCAUAGACCUGAUGUUUAAAGCAUAGACCUGAUGUUUAAAGCACAGACCUGAUGUUUAAAGCAUAGACCUCAUGUUUAAAGCAUAGACCUCAUGUUUAAAGCAUAGACCUGAUGUUUAAAGCAUAGACCUGAUGUUUAAAGCAUAGACCAGAUUUUUUAAGCAUAGACCUGAUGUUUAAAGCAUAGACCUGAUGUUUAAAGCAUAUACCAUAUUUUUAAAGCAUAGACCUGAUGUUUAAAGCAUAGACCAGAUUUUUAAAGCAUAGACCUGAUGUUUAAAGCAUAGACCUGAUGUUUAAGGCAUAGACCUGAUGUUUAAAGCAUAGACCAGAUUUUUAAAGCAUAGACCAUAUUUUUAAAGCAUAGACCUGAUGUUUAAAGCAUAGACCUGAUGUUUAAAGCAUAUACCAUAUUUUUAAAGCAUAGACCUGAUGUUUAAAACAUAGACCAGAUUUUUAAAGCAUAGACCUGAUGUUUAAAGCAUAGACCUGAUGUUUAAAGCAUAUACCAUAUUUUUAAAGCAUAGACCUGAUGUUUAAAGCAUAUACCAUAUUUUUAAAGCAUAGACCUGAUGUUUAAAGCAUAGACCUGAUGUUUAAAGCAUAUACCAUAUUUUUAAAGCAUAGACCUGAUGUUUAAAACAUAGACCAGAUUUUUAAAGCAUAGACCUGAUUUUUAAAGCAUAGACCUGAUCUUUAAAGCAUAGACCUGAUGUUUAAAGCAUAGACCAGAUUUUUAAAGCAUAGACCAGAUUUUUUAAGCAUAGACCUGAUGUUUAAAGCAUAGACCUGAUGUUUAAAGCAUAGACCAGAUUUUUAAAGCAUAGACCUGAUGUUUAAAGCAUAGACCUGAUGUUUAAAGCAUAGACCAGAUUUUUAAAGCAUAGACCUGAUGUUUAAACCAUAGACCAGAUUUUUAAAGCAUAGACCUGAUGUUUAAAGCAUAGACCAGAUUUUUAAAGCAUAGACCUGAUGUUUAAAGCAUAGAUCAGAUGUUUAAACCAUAGACCUCAUGUUUAAAGCAUAGACCUGAUGUUUAAAGCAUAGACCUGAUGUUUAAAGCAUAGACCAGAUUUUUAAAGCAUAGACCUGAUGUUUAAACCAUAGACCUCAUGUUUAAAGCAUAGACCUGAUGUUUAAAGCAUAGACCUGAUGUUUAAAGCAUAGACCUGAUGUUUAAAGCAUAGACCUGAUGUUUAAAGCAUAGACCUGAUGUUUAAAGCAUAGACCUGAUGUUUAAAGCAUAGACCUGAUGUUUAAAGCAUAGACCUGAUGUUUAAAGCAUAGACCUGAUGUUUAAAGCAUAGACCUGAUGUUUAAAGCAUAGACCUGAUGUUUAAAGCAUAGACCUGAUGUUUAAAGCAUAGACCUGAUGUUUAAAGCAUAGACCUGAUGUUUAAAGCAUAGACCUGAUGUUUAAAGCAUAGACCUGAUGUUUAAAGCAUAGACCUGAUGUUUAAAGCAUAGACCUGAUGUUUAAAGCAUAGACCUGAUGUUUAAAGCAUAGACCUGAUGUUUAAAGCAUAGACCUGAUGUUUAAAGCAUAGACCUGAUGUUUAAAGCAUAGACCUGAUGUUUAAAGCAUAGACCUGAUGUUUAAAGCAUAGACCUGAUGUUUAAAGCAUAGACCUGAUGUUUAAAGCAUAGACCUGAUGUUUAAAGCAUAGACCUGAUGUUUAAAGCAUAGACCUGAUGUUUAAAGCAUAGACCUGAUGUUUAAAGCAUAGACCUGAUGUUUAAAGCAUAGACCUGAUGUUUAAAGCAUAGACCUGAUGUUUAAAGCAUAGACCUGAUGUUUAAAGCAUAGACCUGAUGUUUAAAGCAUAGACCUGAUGUUUAAAGCAUAGACCUGAUGUUUAAAGCAUAGACCUGAUGUUUAAAGCAUAGACCUGAUGUUUAAAGCAUAGACCUGAUGUUUAAAGCAUAGACCUGAUGUUUAAAGCAUAGACCUGAUGUUUAAAGCAUAGACCUGAUGUUUAAAGCAUAGACCUGAUGUUUAAAGCAUAGACCUGAUGUUUAAAGCAUAGACCUGAUGUUUAAAGCAUAGACCUGAUGUUUAAAGCAUAGACCUGAUGUUUAAAGCAUAGACCUGAUGUUUAAAGCAUAGACCUGAUGUUUAAAGCAUAGACCUGAUGUUUAAAGCAUAGACCUGAUGUUUAAAGCAUAGACCAGAUGUUUAAACCAUAGACCAGAUUUUUAAAGCAUAGACCUGAUUUUUAAAGCAUAGACCUGAUGUUUAAAGCAUAGACCUGAUGUUUAAACCAUAGACCAGAUUUUUAAAGCAUAGACCAGAUUUUUAAAACAUAGACCUGAUUUUUAAAGCAUAGACCUGAUGUUUAAAGCAUAGACCAGAUUUUUAAAGCAUAGACCUGAUGUUUAAACCAUAGACCUCAUGUUUAAAGCAUAGACCUGAUGUUUAAAGCAUAGACCUGAUGUUUAAAGCAUAGACCAGAUUUUUAAAGCAUAGACCAGAUGUUUAAACCAUAGACCUCAUGUUUAAAGCAUAGACCUGAUGUUUAAAGCAUAGACCAGAUUUUUAAAGCAUAGACCUGAUGUUUAAAGCAUAGACCAGAUUUUUAAAGCAUAGACCAGAUGUUUAAAGCAUAGACCUGAUGUUUAAAGCAUAGACCUGAUGUUUAAAGCAUAGACCAGAUGUUUAAAGCAUAGACCAGAUUUUUAAAGCAUAGACCUGAUGUUCAAAGCAUAGACCAGAUGUUUAAAGCAUAGACCUGAUGUUUAAAGCAUAGACCAGAUGUUUAAAGCAUAGACCUGAUGUUCAAAGCAUAGACCAGAUGUUUAAAGCAUAGACCAGAUGUUUAAAGCAUAGACCAGAUGUUUAAAGCAUAGACCUGAUGGCUGAUUUUGUUUUGCAGAAUAGGGAGAAAAAUGUGUUUUACUCUUGUGAUCUAGGAUAAUUGGUAACAGACAAAAAUAGAAGAAAGUUUCAUUAUUAUUUAGUAACUUAUGUGACCUAAUUUUCAGAUAGCCCCAGCGGAGACUGUAUUUAUUUUUUUCUACUUAGAUUACAGGACUGAUACGCUCAAAUUAUUUUUAUUUUAUAGUCUGUUUAUUUAGAUAUUUCUUGUCUCUAUGACAUCCUGCAUAGUUUUUCAAUAUAUAUUUUAUAUAUAUAUCGUCGAUUCCUGGAAGUAUCUAAACUAAAUUUUAUCUUCUUACAGCACUUCCAUCUCAUCCCCAAUAUGAACUUGCUAAGAAACAGAUGAUUGGCUACUCAGGCAUGCUUAUAUUUUUCAUUAAAGGUGGACUGGAAGCAUCUAGAACAUUCUUAAAAUCCUGCAAGGUCAAAUAAUUUUGUUUUAUAUUAUUUAUUUAUUUAGGCAUUUUUUAUAUAGCGCUUACCUUAAAGCUCUAAGCGCUUUACAAUUAUUAAAAACAUGUAAACUAAGUAAAAUAAAAAUGAAAAACCAGAGACACUAGGAUAGUAAUUACUAUGCUAUAGAAACAAUUAAAAUGGCUAUAAAACGAGUACACUUUGGCACGUUUUGGCCUAUACUACAGGAUCAACCCGAGACAGAAAAUGAGGCAGGGCAAGGAGGGUGCAUCACAGGUCAUAGGCGGACCUAGACAGAUGGGUUUUAAUGGACUUUUUGAAAGUGGACGAGGUUUCACAAUGACGGAUGUGGCAGGGGAGCUGGUUCUUAUGUUUAAAGCACAUAUUUCUUAGCAGAAAAAUUGUUAGAGUUAAAAAGCCUGGUAGAAGUGUUUGUUUAUCUGUGGCAUCACAAGAAGAGUUCACAAACUAAUAGUAUGGAUCAUCACUAUGUUUUGUUAAUGAACAAAUAACUUCUUUUCACAUGAUGGUUUGUCUUGGCUUUUCACAUGAUGGUUUGUCUUGGCUUUUCACAUGAUGGUUUGUCUUGGGUUUUACAUUAAAAUUUAGUGUAAUGUAAACUAAAUUUUAAUGUAAAUUUAAAGGACUUAAAAAAAAGUUUAACAAAAAAAAAAUUAACAAAAAAAAAUUAACAAAUGUAAGAAGACCAGCCAUGCCUUUAUCAUUUCAGUAAAAUAAUUGUCAAUGUUUUCUCUUUUUGAAAAAGAUUUUCACACUUGCUGAAAGUCUUGGUGGAUUUGAGAGUCUAUGUGAAUUGCCGUAAGUAUCUAACUUGGCCAUAUUAUUUAAUGAUUUGAUAGUCUCUGAAUUGCCGUAAGCAUCAUAGUUGGCCAUAUUAUUUAAUGAUUUGAGAGUCUAUGUGAAUUGCCGUAAGUAUCCAAGUUGGCCAUAUAAUUUAUUUAAAUUUGCAAACGAAGCUUUGUUGUUGUUUUUAAAAUAUUAAAACUGGACUAGAAAAUAUAACCAUACAACCUUUGUUACAGAUGUGGUUGUCUUAACAGACAUUAGCUUAAGACUUUGUUACAGAUGUGAUUGUUUUAACAGACUCUAUCAUGAUGCUCACCUGAAAAUACAUUUUAGUAAAGUUUAUAAAUAUUGUUAAAUUAUAAAUUCAUUAACUGGUCUAAUAUGCACAAUGUACAAUAUAAUUUUAUUUUAAAGAAACUGGGGGGGGGGGGGGGNGGGGGGGGGGGGGGGGUUUAUAGACAUAUGCAAUCGAAAUGUUCCUAUUAAUUAUAUUGUCGACGGAAAUUUCGUAGAAUAUUUUUUUCAGUUCACAUGAUCUAAUUUACGAAAAUUUUAACGUGUGAACUGAUAAAAGAUUCGACAAAUUUUCGUUGUAUCAAUUUUCCAAAAAUAAUGGGUGUGUACAAUUGAUUAGGGACUUAAUCUAUGUGAUAAUGUUAAGUUUUAUUAACUACAGAUAAAAUUAUGGGACUUAGCAUACCUGUUUCAGAUGAUCGAAACACUAGGGAAAAGAAAAUUAUGCCUCUAUAUUCACAAAUAUUAUUGUAUAGUGUUUAAUUUUCAGUCAAAUGAUUGACUUGCUUAAGUGAGCCGUCAAUGCUCUAGGUCAGUGGUUCCCAAACGUUUAAGUUUGGCGGACCGGUGAAAAAGUUUCGAAAUUUUACCAGGGACCGGUGCAUGAUUUAUUUUUAUACUUUUAUUUCUAUUUGAAAAUAAAUAUUUAUGUUACGGGAACCGGCAGCGUUAGGCAUGCGGACCGGUGAGGGUCCACGUCCACGGACCGCCAUUUGGGGACCACUGCUUUAGGUGAUCUAAAUUGUUAAAGAAAAUAAGGUUUACAAUAAAAUAAAAAAAAUAUCCUUAUAAAAAUUAAGCUAAUGCAAAUUUACUAUUUAUGUUCUUUUUUAAAAUCUUUUCUGCCAGUUGCUUGCAAACACAUGCUUCAGUGCCAGAAGAGCAGCGUAAAUUGCUGGGUAUCUCAGACUCUUUAAUCCGCUUAUCUGUUGGUUUAGAAGAUGUAGAAGAUCUUAUCCAAGAUAUAGACCAAGCCCUGAAAGCAGCUGUGAGUAGUUUUGUCAUAAAA